GUCGCUAUACCACUAUCAAUUUUUUUUGGUUAACCAAUCAAAAACCAGCUCCAAUUUUCAUAUUUGAAGUAAAAACAUGCCUAAAAUUUCACAAUAAAUCGAAAUAUUUCAAAAUCUCAGUAAUGCAAAGGACUUCCUUCUAAUGUACUUAAAUAACCUUAUCAAAUGUAAUUCGCAUUCAGUCGCUGCUGCUUUAAAGUACUCGAAAGUUGUGGGUCCUAACCUAAAACUACAAACUAUGCCAAAAAUACCGAAACAUAUACCAGAAGCUCAAAAGCAAAGGAGAUUAAUUAAGGAAAAGUUUUCGAGGUAUGUACCCGGACGAAUUACUCUGCAAGUGCUCGGCACCGGAGCUAAGGGUGCUCCGCGUAGCUUGUAUGUUUUCUCCGAUCAAUCUCGUUACUUGUUCAACUGCGGGGAGGGUACUCAGAGGCUGGCUCACGAGCAUAAGAUGAAGCUUUCAAAAUUAGAACAUAUUUUCGUCACUCAAAGCACUUGGAGCAAUAUCGGCGGGUUACCAGGAACUGCAUUGACGAUUCAGGAUGUAGGUGUACCCCAAAUUACGUUGCAUGGUCCGGACGGUCUGGACGAGAUAUUUUUGGCUACACGUAGAUUUGUGAUUUUACGCGAUUUAAAAGUUGAACUUGCCAAUUGCGACAGAGCUAACGUAUUUGAAGACAAUGUGAUGCAAGUGCGAUAUGUUCCGAUUAAGAAAUCCAAAACAGAAUCAACAAGUGAAAGUGAAACAGUGUUUCAACGAACUGCAUCGUUGGACAGUACUAAUGGAAACCGGAAAAUGGGAAGACGUUCCAGAUCUUGUAGUCCAAAUAAAAUGAGGGACGAUAUUGAUGAUUGUAUAGAUUAUUAUGCACAUGAACGUAAGACGCCUUCUUUUUUUCAUAAAAAACAUUGGCGGUCGACCUCAGAGUCUAGACGAAAAAUAGAAAACAGCGAAGGUCACGCGUCUCGCUUACUGAGCCUCCGAGACAGCAAAGAGCAAGGAAACGUAAUGUGCUACGUUUGUAAGCUACAGCCACGACCGGGAGCUUUAAGCUUGGACAAGUGCGUCAAAGUGGGAGUUCCUAGUGGACCUUUGCUAGGUAAACUGAAGAACGGCGAAGAUAUCGUGCUGGCGUCGGGUGUCACUGUUCGAUCCAAGGACGUUUGCGAACCCGACGAUCCUGGACCCGUCUUUCUUGUGGUGGAUUGUCCGACGGAGGAAUACUUGGAGGGGUUUCUGCAGGAGAAAGAGUUCGAGAAAUAUCAGCACACAUCCACUGAUGAUAAUUUAGUGGCUUACUUAGUAGUCCAUUUCACCCCCUCCAAUAUUAUUAACCACCCCAAGUAUCGUGAGUGGAUCAGUAAAUUCUCUCCGAGUACACAGCAUUUAGUUUUAAACGAGACUAACACUUGCAUGGGCAGCGAGUCUGUUCAUAGGGUGCAGUACAAGUUAAAUCUACUGCAUGACGCUGUUUUUCCAUUGUUAAGUGAUCGAGGAUCAAAAUAUGAUUUAAAUCGAUGCCAACCGGAAAUUAGUAAACGAUUAAAGACUGACGAGAAUGGGAAGUUGGAAUGCAAUUGCACUGAAAUUCAAACAAACAAUACAGUAACAUCCCAAGAUGUGUUAAUACAAGCAAAUACUUUUUGUAACUUCCAUUUACGACCGAAAAAAGGUUUAGACAGAUCAAGCGAGUUGCUACUAAAACCUGCAGAGUAUAUCGAUGAGACAAUGGCCGAGGUGGAUUUCGCGAACGUCCUAAACAACCUAAAAACGCAAAUCGGCGCAGUAAAAGAUACGAAGGCUCGCGCCUAUCCCAAUUUCGUCUUUUUGGGAACCGGCUCCUGCAUCCCGAACAAAACUCGAAAUACUAGCGGCAUUUUGUUUCGAACAAACUCGGGAAAUAUUCUUUUGGAUUGCGGCGAGGGUACCUUCGGGCAGUUGGUGCGAUUUUUCGGACCCGACAAGUCCGACGAAGUUUUGGCAAAUAUUAAAGCGAUCUUUGUGUCGCAUCUACACGCCGAUCAUCACAUUGGACUCAUCGGUGUGCUCCAAGGCAGAAGGAGGGCACUGAAUAGAUUACAAAAAUUUUCGACGCCUGCCGUACAUCUUUUAGCGCCAAAACAAAUUUUGACGUGGCUAAACUUCUACGAUAGAUACUUCGAGGAUAUAUCUCAAGAAUUUAAUCUUAUCUCGAAUGACUGUUUGUUACACAACGAGCACACACUGUUUGAAGGGACCGACGUGCACUUGAGAACCUCCUUGGGAAUGAGCGACAUUAGUACCGCUUACGUAAGGCAUUGUCCGAAUGCUUUCGGAGUAGCUUUCACUUCACGUACUGGCUACAAGAUCUGCUACUCUGGUGACACAAUGCCUUCAGAGAAUUUAAUUAACUUAGGCAUGCGUUGCGAUUUGCUUAUCCACGAGGCGACAAUGGAGGAUGAAUUGGAAAAGGAAGCUGUGAUAAAGAUGCACUCUACGACAUCUCAGGCGAUUGAGGUUGGUCGGAAUAUGAACGCGAAAUACAUCCUAUUGACGCAUUUCAGUCAACGCUAUGCAAAGUUACCGAGAUUUAACGAAAAUUUCUCGGAUAACGUCGGAAUUGCUUUUGAUAAUAUGGCGAUUCGUUUAGAUGAGCUACCACUGCUACAUCUGUUUUAUCCGGCUUUACGCUUAAUGUUUGCCGAGCACUAUGAGGAGCUCGAAACGAAGUCGUUCAAGAGACAGAUGAGACAGGAACGGGAGGAAUCGCUGGAUAGGGCGUUGUCGAGUGCAAAAUUACAAAACCAGAAAUCGACAGAUAGCGUAUCACCAACGAAUGAUGUGAACGCGAAUACUUCUGAGGUGCUAAUGGAAGUUGAUCCCAACCAAAGGUAAAAUCUAAACCUACAACUAGUAAGCCCUCUGCAACUUCAUCAUGUAAAUCCCCCGCCAAACUCGGCGCAAAAUCCCGUUCGAUUUCCCCCCCACCUAUUCCCAAGCUCCCGAAAAUCAACAACUCCGCUUCUAUUAAUCCAAAAUCUCAGCAUACAUCUCGCCUCAAGCAUUCCGCAGAUUGCGUUAAACAAGCAAAAGUAGGGCGGUCUAAAACGGAAGAGCAUGGUAAAAGCAACUUGGCCAAUAAAAAGAAACCAAAAACUAGAAGUCUCACGGUAGCAGUGACAAAAGUAGUUUUUCCAACCACUUAUGAAGUUAACUUUAAACAGAAGGGCAACAAAUGAACGCAGUUUUUAUAUAAUUGUUAUUACAUAUUUAGGAACUUUGAAAGAAUUGUAAAAAUGUUGUAAUUAAUGAAUAAAAUACUUAGGGAAUGAA